CACACUAUCUUAACCUACAUUCUUACCCCGCAUCGGUCAACGCCACAGGACUUUGCUAGCUCGAGCUCGUCGUGGGUCUUGGUGGAUCUAUGACCACCAAUGAACGUUCCUCAGUCGACCAUGCUAUUAGGUCUGCGGUAGCAGGCGGGUUUGCAGGCGGUGUCGCUAAGACCGCCGUCGCACCAUUGGAUAGGCUGAAGAUCUUGUAUCAGACGCAUCAUCAUGAGUUUAAGCAGUUUCCAGAGAGCUGGAGGGGAGGUAUUCGAGCGUUGAAAUACAUCGUUCAGACGCAGGGGUUUCUAGGCCUCUACCGCGGGCACUCGUUGACUCUCGCUAGAGCUAUACCUCACGCUGCAAUUGGGUACACGCUGUAUGAGUAUGCCCGAAAGCUUAUAAUGCCCACCAAAGAGAGUGAGACCUCAACUCGGAGGUUUCUUGCUGGUUCGGUUGCUGGCGUCUCUGUCCUUCCCUUUACCUAUCCUUUCGAACUCGUCCGCGUACGCAUGGCCAUCGAAAGCCGAAAUUCAUCUACCCCUCGUCCCAGUCUUGUCUCCGUUUUUCGUACAAUCUACCGUGAACCAUCAAGUGCUGUCGCCAUCUGGCCUCUCUCCACUGGAUUCUCUCAUUUCUAUCGUGGCUUCCUUGUCUCUUUACUGGGAACCGUACCCUACCGCGGCGGCAUCUUCCUCGUAUGGGAAACACUCAACGCACAGGCUCAACACAGAUUCUCGGACGACUUCCAGAAGCAGUAUCAGAAACGAAUACAUCUUGUCAUUGGAGCGACGGCGGGAACGACGAGUCAGAUCGCGACGUAUCCAUUGGAGGUGAUCAGGAGGAUGCAGCAGGCUAGUGGAGGACUGGCUGCUAUGGCCGGUGCAGGAACUUCGAGUGCUGGUGCUGGUGCUGGCUCGCAAGCCGCCAAGGCCGGAGAUAAGAGUUUCCUGGGAUUUUUGGAGACGGUGAGGAAGGUGUACAGUACUUCGGGGCUUAAGGGCUUUUAUGCAGGAUUGGGAAUCGGACUUGUGAAGCAGGUGCCGAUGCAUAGCAUAUCUUUGACGGUCUGGCAGGCCGCGAAGCAGGUUCUCGAUGUUUGAUCACUCUACUCGCAUACUAUUUGCACAUACAAUGGAUGGUUUCUGUACAA